AUGUCUUCAUUAUAUGUAACGGGAGUUGAUACCAACACUGUGUAUCAAAGAUUAGAGUUGUUGGGAGAAGGUUCAUAUGGUGUUGUUUGGAAAGUGAUGAAUAAAAACGAUGGUCAUAUUUAUGCAUUGAAAUGUGUACCAGUUGAAAAUGAUAUUGCCGAAGUUGAGAAGGAAAUUAACAUUUUAAAGGCUUGUGAAUCACCAUAUAUUGUAAAUUAUUAUGGAGCAUACAAACAAGAUCAAGAACUCCAAAUUGCUAUUGAAUAUUGUGGAGGAGGUUCCGUGCAGGAUUUACUUACAGUUCUUGGACCAAUGUUGACUGAACCACAAAUUGCUGCUAUUUGUUCAUCAGCAUUGAAAGGUCUUGUUUAUUUACACUCUCAAAAGAAGAUUCACCGUGAUAUAAAGGCAGGAAACAUUCUUCUCACUGAUGAAGGAGAUGUAAAACUAGCUGAUUUCGGUGUUAGUGCACAAUUAAAUAAUACAAUUUCCAAGAGAAGAACAGUGAUAGGUACUCCUUAUUGGAUGGCACCUGAAGUAAUUCAAGAAACUGAAUAUGACGGAACUGCUGAUGUUUGGUCACUGGGUAUUACUGCCAUUGAAAUGGCUGAAGGAAAGCCACCUCUUCAUGGAAUUCAUCCAAUGCGUGCAAUUUUCAUGAUUCCAAACAGACCUCCACCAACACUUUCAAACCCUGAAAAAUGGUCUGAAGAAUUUAGAGAUUUUGUUGCUUAUUGUUUAGUAAGAGAUCCAGCUGAAAGACCAUCAUCUAAAAAUCUUCUUAAACACAAAUUUAUUCAACGAGCCAAAUCAACUAAAAUUUUACAAGAAUUAAUUGAAAAGAUGAAUCAAAUAUUUGCUGAAGCAGGAGGAAGAUUUAAUUAUUUCAAGAAAAAGGCCGAAGAUAAUGAUGAUAACAAUGGAAGUGAUACUGAAGAAACUGAUACGGAUAGUUCUGGUGACAGUGAUUCUGACUCUGAUGAAGGAUAUGACACAUUAGUCCAACACAAGCCUACAAAUAAUCAAACAGGAACAACAAAAAUAACAAAGAAACCAGUGAAGAAGGAUGAUUCUUCAUCUGAUAGUGGCACUGACAGUGAUGACAGUGAUGAUGAUGAUGAUUGUGGAACUAUGGUGAAACAUCAACCUAAAAAAGUUGAAAAUAACACACCAAAAGUAGUAAAUAAUGAGGAAAUGGAACAACUUAAAAAGUUGUAUUCUGCCCUCAAUGUAGAUGAAUUGAAGAGACAAUUGAAUAAUAUGGAUGAAGAAGAACAAAAGCAAAUACAAGAGAUUAAGGAAAUGUUUUCUAAGAGGAGACAAACCAUACAAUCAUUGUUAGAUCAAAAAUAGUAAACUUAUUUUAUUUCUUAAU